AACAAACAAUGAUCAAUCUCAUAACUCCUACAAGUAAUGCAAAAUAGAGAGUUUGACAAACACGGACAAACACGGACCCUUGGAUGUACCAGAGGUGGGAUCAAGUGCCAAAGAUGAGAAAACAACCCCUGUCGACCGGUCACACCCGCCGUGAGCCCUAUAUCUUGAUCAGGGCAAUGGUCCUUUUGGUAUUGACAAGUCUUCUAAUCGGCCUAACCAGUUCUGCACAAACAAAUCACUGUAAGGAAACAGAUGGAUUGCAAAUCCGAUAUGUUGACGGAUGUCCUACUACUAAGGAUUUACGAAUACAGGCAUCAAGAAGGAUGAUCUGCUCUUGGACAACCAACAAAUCAUCCUUGUCAUAUCAUUGUGUCAUAAACCCAUCCAUUUCAGAAUUUAUGGAGGUGUGUGCAAAGCCCGUUCAAAUCAUAGGUGGCCAUUGUGCUGAGUAUAAUUCUGGCGGCGAAAGAAUACAACCAAACGUCCAAACAUCGUGUCAACAUCACGAGAAACCCUGUCCAUCCUCGUACUGGUCAGUCGAUGCUUAUAAGUAUACGGGGUGCUAUGCUCUUGUAAAAAGGAAUACAACAUUUACCGAAAAAUCGAAUGCAGAAAAUGAACAUAAUUCAACCAUGACGAAUUUAAGAAUAAAUCACUCGACCACAGAAAAGGCCGUUUUGGUAUCUGGAACUUUGUCACCUUUCCUAUGUGUAAUAAUGAUAAUUGCCAUCAUAAGGAUCAAAAUCAAACACACCAGAGAACUGAAGGAGAGAUCAAACGGGGUUACAGAUUUUAAACAGAUCUACAUUACAAAGGGAAGACACAGUGUCACUGAAAGAGACAACAGAUGUAUCAUGUCACGUGAUAGUGAAAUAUUCCGGGGUGAAUGUGCUUGAAUAAAGAGCUAAAGAUAU